AUGGAGUUCUUGAUUGACGAUGUUUUUUUUACUCAAGGCGACAGCCCAGAACUGACCUUACCCUCCGGCGAAACAGAUCACCAUUCAGCACAAUCGUCAAGAUCGCCCAGUUCGCCAACUAGAGGAGGGAAUAAUGUCGAAUUAAUUCCACAGACUAUCAAUCCCCAAGAUGCUUUCGGUCUUCCCUCUUCGCAACUUCAAGAUCUCCAAAUUGAUUGGAGCGCUGACUUUCAACAACCCAAAUCAGGGCCUGAUGUUAUAACUGAUGAUCUCAACUCUGACUUCUCUUUCCUCAACCAGCCCGAUGACAGUUGGAGCAUUGAGGCACCUCUAACAGCCGCAAGUGGCUCGAUUCAGACACCAUUGACUAGUAUUGAUGAGUUCUUGAUCAAGAAUGGCGCCAGUCGUCCGUCCGCACCUUGCACACAUUGCCGUCGAUCCCGUCUGCAAUGUCUCAUCUUGCAAACAACUCUCGCCAACCCGAAUCCAGAUUCCUCCUGCUCAACUUGUGUCGCGUUGUUCAGAGAAUGUAGUCUUUCUGGUCGCAAAAAGAGGGAGCCUUCAGAUUUUGAGACGCUGGAGCCAGUGAUUGGACGUUUGCACGGUGUGAGUGAGCAUGGCAUCCUAGGCGUACCAUCCACAGUCGACGAGGGCCGGCCAUCGCAGGGACUAUCAAUAGCAGAACUCUCUGGGAAAAGGACAAACACCCGAUCUGUGCGAAAGACGAGGGUGUUGCGCAACUGGUACCUCUCAAACUUGGACCACCCGUACCCGUCAGAAGAGGAAAAGGUCGACCUCGCACAACAGUCAGGAUUGAGUCGAAGUCAAGUGGUCAAUUGGUUCGCCAACUCGAGAAGAAGACAUAGGCUAGCAUCAACUUAUUCUGCAUUGCCGAGCCGAGGACGCCAAGGAUCUGCACCAGCAUCACCCAUGCCACGUUACCUAUGCAAGAAUAUGUCACCGAUGGACCGCUGGAAGAAUUCACCACCAGAUCAGGAACCAGCUUCAGCGACGGCGAUCCAGAAUGCAUUGGCCGCUCAAUCCGCAGAACAGAGCUCGUUGGACAGCGACGACAUCGGCAGAUCUGGGCCUGGUUCGUCUGCUAGUAAUGACUCCCUUUGGCCGUCUACUCUACACGAUGCUUCUUCCAACUCAGCAUCCUCCUGUUACUCCUAUCGUUCAAGAGAGAGUAAAUUAUAUCCCCGUUCUGGAAACAGUUCAGUAGCAGAAGGGACUCCUGCUUCCAGGACGACGCCUAAAAGGUCGAGAUCUAAGAAACUGAUUGCAUUUCAGUGCACCUUUUGCCGGCAAAGCUUCAAGAAAAGGUAUGAUUGGGUUCGUCAUGAGAGGUCAAUUCACUUGCCGGGCCUUGACUCCUGGGUUUGCACGUUGCCUGUUACCCAGGGCCAAUCGCUUUUGGUAUGGCGCAUGAAUGAAGAAGGGCCCCAAUGUCUCUUCUGUGGCUCGGACUCGCCCAACGAUGAACACAUCCAAGCUCACGAAUUUGAUACUUGUGCCGAGAGGCCUGUUUCAGAGCGCAAAUUCACGCGCAAAGAUCACCUGUGGCAGCACCUACACAAAUUCCACGGAUGUAGGAAAUGGGCGGGCUGGCAACCGGACCUGACUCUAUUACAGUACCGACAAGAUACAAUCCGUAGCCAAUGCGGGUUCUGUCAAGUUACGAUGAACAGUUGGGAAACGCGGAUAGAUCACGUAGCCGCUCACUACCGCGAUGGUUUCACAAUGGAGCAAUGGGUCGGAGGGUCCGGGGUCCACAACCCGAGCGACAUGGAUUCUGAGAGACAAUUGUGA